AUGGAGAUGCUCACCCCGAUGAACUCUCCCUUCUAUGGGAUCAUCCCAGGCAACACGGCUAUACCUAUUGGACAAGUAUUCCUGCCAGUUACCUUCGGCACUAAGGAGAACUACCGGACAGAGUACAUCCAGUUUGAGGUGGCGGAUCCUGAGACUUCUUAUCAUGCCAUCCUCGGAAGACCAGUUCAUGACCAUCCUGCAUUAUGUGUACUUAGUACUCAAGAUACUGGGACCAAGGGAGUUCUCUCCCUCCAUGGAGACUUGAAGAGAUCAUAUGAGUGCGACACAGAGGCUAUCGAGUUAGCCGCAACUUCUCAAGUGCCCAAUUCAACGCAACAAGUCUUCGCUGCUUCAGAAAAGCUCUCCGCAGCCGAACUCAAAAUUCCAGAGAAGAAGUUGGGGGCUACCAAGGUUAAGCUAGCAAGUGACAUGGACAUCAAAGUCAUUGACCUCGAGACCAGCGACACCUCCAAGACAGCCCUGAUCGGUUCAGGGUUGGAUCCUAUAUAG